CUGAUUAUAAUAUUUCUAUCCGAGUUUUCUCUGUUUCAAUACAAAGACACCUCAUUGACGUGUUUUAACUGCUUACAACAGCUUGAAAGGAAAGAAGGAAGAGGCAAAAAUGGCGAGAGCAGCAGCUUGGCAUGCUUCAUUUACUUCAUAUUCAUCAUCAUCAUCUCCUUUUGCAAGGAAUCCCAUGGUAGCUGUUGGUUUUUUUCUCUCAUUUUCACCCAGGUUCCACAAUUUAUCAUCGGCUUUUCCUUCACUUUCCAUCAAACCAAAAAGACCCAACAACUCUUUUCAAGUGAGAUCUGUGGCUGCUCCUACAGAAGAUGUUGCAGGAUUUGACGAAAUGGUUUCCGGGACCGAACGCAAGUAUUACAUGUUAGGUGGCAAGGGAGGUGUAGGGAAAACAAGUUGUGCAGCUUCACUAGCAGUUAAAUUCGCAAAUAAUGGACACCAUACUCUGGUGGUUUCGACUGAUCCGGCUCAUUCAUUGAGUGAUUCCUUCGCUCAGGAUUUGACUGGAGGGAUGCUAGUACCAGUUGAAGGACCUAACUUUCCGUUGUUUGCUCUUGAGAUAAACCCGGAGAAGGCUAGGGAAGAGUUCCGAGAUGCAACAAAGAAUAGUGGUGGAACUGGGGUCAAAGAAUUCAUGGAUGGCAUGGGCCUUGGGAUGCUUGUAGAACAGUUAGGGGAGCUGAAAUUGGGAGAGCUGCUCGAUACUCCACCUCCUGGUUUAGAUGAAGCUAUUGCAAUUUCGAAGGUAAUGCAAUUUCUUGAAUCACCACAAUAUAAUAUGUUUACUCGAAUAGUUUUCGACACCGCGCCAACGGGACAUACAUUGCGACUUUUGUCUUUGCCAGACUUCUUGGAUGCAUCAAUAGGCAAGAUAUUGAAGCUUAGACAGAAGAUUGCUUCAGCCACCUCCGCCAUAAAAUCUGUUUUUGGGCAAGAAGAAACCCAACAGAAUGCUGCUGACAAGUUGGAGAAAUUGAGGGAGAGGAUGGUAAAAGUGAGAGACCUUUUCCGCGAUGCAGACUCUACGGAGUUUGUCAUCGUCACAAUUCCGACGGUGAUGGCGGUUAGUGAGUCCUCCAGGUUAAGUGCCUCCUUGAAGAAGGAAAAUGUUCCUGUGAAGAGACUAAUUGUUAAUCAGAUUCUUCCUCCAUCUAACUCUGACUGCAAGUUUUGUGAAAUCAAAAGGAAGGAUCAGAUGCGUGCUCUUGAUAUGGUCCGGAGCGAUCCCGAGCUAUCAAGUUUGAAGUUGAUCCAGUCACCCUUAGUUGACAUGGAGAUUAGAGGUGUUCCAGCCCUUAAAUUUAUGGGUGAUAUUGUCUGGAAAUAAGUCAUCGCUAUUGGUUCAUUGAACAAUGAAUUGAAGAAGCUUGAGAUUUUGGAUAAAGAAGCCAUGAGAGCUCAAAAGCUUGAAAUUGGUUGAUGUAAAAGGAAAACCUUCAAGUUUUGUAGAACCCCAAAUCUUACAUACACGCACACUGUUUUUUUU